GAAUUACUUGUGUAGCUGCGGCUAAGUUGGCCUAGCCGUGCUGCUGAGCAAUGACACGCUUUGAUGCAGAAAUGCUAUUCCAACGGGGCACGGCGUCUAAGCAGCUAGGCUAGGGUUCUUGGAGUGGGGGAGAAAAAAAAAAUCUGGCUGCUUAGCUAGGAGUCUGGAUGUCAUUUGCGUGCAUCUUGUGCUGCUGUGUGUAACACUUUAACAUAUUUCCAGAAGGACAUAAGAAGAGGUGGCCGUCGGGAAUCAGGUCAACAGAAUUGUCAGAGCCCUUGAAGUUCUCAGCUUUGAUGCAGUGCAGUGUACCUAGUGCAAGAUGACGGAAGAGGUGAUUGUCAUCGCCAAGUUCGACUACAUGGCCCAGCAGGACCAGGAGCUGGACAUCAAGAAAAACGAGCGUCUCUGGCUUCUCGAUGACUCCAAGUCCUGGUGGAGGGUUCGAAAUGCCACCAACAAAACAGGCUUUGUGCCAUCCAACUACGUGGAGAGGAAAAACAGUGCUAGGAAAGCAUCUAUUGUCAAGAAUCUCAAAGACACACUUGGAAUUGGGAAAGUGAAGGGCAGAAAGGGGGGUGUGAGAGAUCCGGCCCCUAAUGCUGACCCAGAUAUGAAUUCAGAUAACGGAGAGAGGCUGUAUGACCUCAACCUUCCCGCCCUGGUCAAGUUCAGCUACACAGCAGAGCGUGAGGAUGAGCUGUCUCUGGUGAAGGGAACACGCGUGGUGGUGAUGGAGAAGUGCAGCGACGGCUGGUGGCGCGGCAGCUACAACGGGCGGUCGGGCUGGUUUCCAUCCAACUACGUGACAGAGGAUGUGGAUGGGACGGCGGGGGGAGGGGGCAUGGGCGGGCUUGACCCGGCUGGAUCACUAACCGAGAAACUGGCUGCUGUGGUGAACAGCACCGCAAAUGGAAACAGAGUGCUGCACACGGUUCAGGCGCUCUACCCAUUCAGCUCAGGCAACGACGAGGAACUAAACUUUGAGAAGGGCGAGGUAAUGGAGGUGGUGGAGAAGCCCGAGAAUGACCCAGAGUGGUGGAAGUGCCGCAAAGCGGAUGGACAGCUGGGCUUGGUGCCCAAGAACUAUGUCACUGUGCUGGAGUCCACCUCCCAUAAACCGCAAGCGGGGCUCGCCGGGCCACCCACACCUGACUGUGACUACAUCUCGCCUUCAGGCAGCGGGCGCUUUGCAGGGAAGGAGUGGUACUACGGAAAGGUGACACGCCACCAGGCAGAGGUGGCCCUCAAUCAGAGAGGCACAGAGGGAGACUUCCUCAUCCGAGACAGCGAGUCAUCGCCAAACGACUUCUCCAUCUCCCUGAAGGCGCAGAGCAAGAACAAGCAUUUCAAAGUGCAGCUGAAGGAAAACCUUUACUGCAUAGGACAGCGCAAGUUCAACUCUAUGGAAGAGCUUGUUGAACACUACAAAAAGGCCCCCAUCUUCACCAGUGAGCAGGGAGACAAACUGUACCUGAUUAAAGCCCUGGCUGCUUCCUGAUCCAUCUGUCUCACACAGUGACACAAACACACACACACCUACACAUUUGCAUCAACAUAUAAUACUUACAUGAGAACACACACUAACAUUUCAGCUCCAAGCCUGAAGACUUAACACAUCAUCAGGACUUAAAUGAUACGUGAUUUGUCACAGAUUUGUGAGCAUUCCAAGAGGAGGUGUCGGGGGUGGGGGGGGCAUGGGAGAGACAUUGAGGAGGGAGACAAUACGGUGGACUCCUGAGAGUAACUACAGACCUCUUGGUUGCCUAUUUUAAAUUAUCCAGAUGUGUUAGGUCAUAGGCAAUGCCAUGGUAUUUCCAUCUUGAUAUCUAUUACUUGCAUUUAGUUUCCUUUUUUUUUUUUCCCUUUUUUUUCUAUUUUGUUGUGUUUGUUAAUAUAUAAUCUUUUUAACGGUUUCUUUUUAAAGAAAAAUGUGAUUUUUAACUGUACACAAUAUUCAACCAACACCUGACUGAGGCAUUGUUUUUCAGAUGUUAGCGAACUCGGAGCCGAGCCUGUAGGUCUACAUUUCAGCUUAUUUCUUUUUGUCUUUUUGUCUUAAGGCGUUCUUUGUAGCUGUGGACAAACUAUUCACAACUUCUGCUAAUCCCGAAUAAAAAUGAAGUGACCAAAAUAUAUUUAUUGAUACAGUUCUAUUAUGAUCAAUGUUGUAGAGAUUGGAAUAUCACA